CUUGACACAAACAAAACAAACGACGCAGUUGGCGAAGCGAAGCGCAGUUUCAGUGAAAACAUCGUCGAGAACACAUCUUUUUAGUGGAUAACGCUCCUGAUAAUUUUGAUAAGAGUCAACACAAGAAAAAAGCUAGUGCAAAAAUGAAAUUUCAAUACAAGGAAGAACACCCCUUCGAGAAGCGAAAGGCCGAGGGAGAUAAAAUCCGACGCAAAUACCCGGAACGAGUACCCGUGAUUGUUGAGAAAGCUCCCAAGGCUCGCAUUGGAGAUUUGGAUAAGAAGAAGUAUCUAGUCCCGUCCGACUUGACCGUCGGCCAGUUCUAUUUCCUAAUCCGCAAGAGGAUUCACCUAAGGCCUGAGGAUGCCCUGUUCUUCUUCGUUAACAAUGUAAUUCCACCAACAUCGGCAACAAUGGGCUCGCUGUACCAGGAACACCACGAGGAGGACUACUUCCUCUAUAUUGCUUAUUCUGAUGAGAACGUGUAUGGAAACAAGUAAAUAACGAGAGUGAUAUGUAUAGAAAAGGACUGCUAUAUAUGUAUUUGCUAUAUGAUAUUUCCUGUUCGUUUUGACAAUAUUAUUUUGCUGCACGCUUUCGGGUAGAUAUGUUCCAGCGAUAAAGUUUGUUAGGUUACAGCGACACCGACAUCCGUUAACGUGUCACCGCGUUACGAUGCAUUUGAAACAUGGUUCCAGCAUCUGUUCCGGUAUAUGAAUGUCGAAUGAAAGGCAGAACAACAUUUCAACAAGUAUUGUAACCGAAUUGAAAUACAAACAGCUAACAUAAGUCAAAUUAGUUUAAUUUGUUAAUGCUGGCUUGUCAUUUUAAGUGCUUGUUGAAAAAACUCUGUGCAGUCUACAAAUUGGUAUUUGAAGAACUUGUAUAACAAGAUUCUCGUGUUUAUUUUGUGUAUUUGUAUAAUUUGUCUGCGCCAUAUACCGGAAUAGACACAUCUAGAAAUAUUCUCAACACAGUCACCAUGUGUAUGUUUCAAAACUAACAAUAAUUAUUGUAGUAAACGCAAAUGCAUAUUGAAUGAAGAGCAUACAUAAACCUAUAUAAAAAGUGAAUAUUAUUCAAAACGUAAUAAAAAACACAUAAAUACUGCAAAAUGUGUGAAAGCACAUACCAAAAACACAUUUUUAAACAUAGUUUCUCAUUUUUAAAUAUACUAGUAACCCCAAUCUGUAUUUUCUUCGUUUAAUUUACACAGAUAUAUGGAAUAAAUUAUAAGUCGUAAGUAGGUA